AUGGAAGCGCAGCGCCGAUGCAGCGCUCCGGCGACGCCUGCCACCCGCAGGAACUCCCGCUCCGUCGCCCACCGCGCUUCUUUCUACUCAGCAACCGCGACUCCCCGCGCCUACUGCGGCUCCUCCCGGGCGUCCACGCCCGCGAGCGAGCGGACCGCCAGCCUUGGGCAUCCGGCGUCCUUCCUCGACAACGACGACACCGGAAAGAGCAACUGCAGCGACGAUAGUUAUUCCGGCAGAGCCGAUUCUUCCGGCGGCGGCGGCAGCGGCGGCGGGAGAAGCUUUUCCGUCAGGGGAAGGACGACGAACAAGUCGUGCAGCGGCUCUACCGAGAGCGGCUCCGAUGGUGGCGGGAGGAUGAGCGGGAAAAGGGAACCGUCGACGACCGUGACUGCGGGAUCGGCGGUCAGGCUAUCUGCGGAGGCCUCCGCCAUCCUGAACGCCUGGUCUCCGCCCGCGGCAGGGGCGGUCCUCAAGCUUUGCGCAACGGCACCCGUGUCUACUGUCAGUGGUGCAAGGUGGCAAGGCAAGCCAAAGGCUCUGGUCGGCCCCUUGGCCUUGGAUCGAGCUGUCAGCUCCCGUCCGAUGGAGCCCGCGCUACCGGAGAAGCCGGCCGUCGUUAUCAAGGCCGCGGGGGCGCGCAUGCUCAAGCGACUGGGUUCACAGAUCGAGUUUUGGGGGGACAGCGGUGAUGAGAGCGACUCCACACAGGUGUCAUGUGGCAUAAAAUACGGGAGGACUGAAACUAGGAGCUGUCGGCACUGCUGUGGGGUACUCUUGGGUGGUUUGACCGCGGUUGGCUCUCCACACCUCUUUGUUUCCUCUGUUCCAAUCGCUCCCGGCCGAGAUCGUAGUCCUCCGUCAGAUUUAUCAGUACGAGAAACGAGAAAAAUCAAGGUUUUCAAUCGGAAUACCACGGCCGUGCAUGGUGCGGUUUCACCCGACCCCUCGUCACCCCACCGACCUAACUCAUGUUACUUCCCUCCUUCGACGCGACUCAUUGUGUUUGGCUUGCGGUCGGCCACGCUCAGAGUUCCGCGCAGGGUGGCGAGGACGAGGAACCCGCUCCAAUCAUUCCACGUGUGUCCCUUGCUGCUGCGCGAGAAGCUGUGUGACGGCGGCGGGCGGCCUGUGCAAAAAUUUGUGUUCGCCUGCCCAGGAACGGCGGCAGCCCUGGUGAGUCACACAGAUGGAUGUAGAUAA